GCCCCCUCCUCCCCCACUUCGUAGCCUCCGUUGGAGUCCCAGCGUUUUCUCCCUCCCUUCCUCUUUCUCUCUCCUCUCUUCCUUCGGUGCCAAUUUCGAGCAGCGCUGCCCGGAUCCAAAGUUCGCUCCUUUGCGCCUCCCUGCGCCGACCGAGAGGAAGCUUUUUGCCGGGUUUUGGCCAAAAUCGGGCUACAUGGCGGACGAGUUGGUGGAGGAAGAGUUCGAGCCCUUGUUCGAUUACCGCCGCGUGCAGCCCAAGUUCGUUUACGUCGAUGAUGAUGAUUCUGACGAGGAGCCGAUUAUCAUCUCGAAACGGCAGAAGGUAUCCGGAGAUGGGAAGGGAGGGAAUGAUGGCAUUCCUCAAGUGAUUAUCUGUGACGACAAGAAAGAAGGAAAGGAGGAGGAAGAAGAAGAUGAUUGGCUGCCCCCACCACCCAAAUUUGACGCCAAUGCAGGGAGUAAGCCCCCCGAAGAUCCUGCACUCAAGGAAUUGAGGUUGUUGAAGCAGGAGCUUCAAACCUGUGCACAAUCUGCCAGAGAUUGGUUACAAUCCGUGGAGGAUUCUGCUCAGAGAAAGGUUUCUAGUCCAUCUCAAUCUUUGAAGGAUGCUCCUGCUGAAUUACCAAAGCCUCAAUAUGAGAGAGCUAAGAUAGUGAUAUCGAUACAGGACAAGGAUGGGCCCAAGCAAUUUCGUGUUUUUCUGGAUGACAGUUUUGAGCGGCUGUUCAAGUUAUAUGCAGAUAGAGUCAAGCUUAACCAAGAAAAUUUAGUAUUUACAUUUGAUGGGGAUAAGGUCAGUCCAUCAGCAACCCCUGAAAGUUUGGGAAUGGAGGAUGAGGACAUCAUUGAAGUGCAUGCUAAGUCAAGGUGAUUGAGGUUUUUGCUUCAGGUCGGGGCUUAAUUCAACUUCUUGUUGCCUUCCAUGGAGCUGCACCGUGACCACCGUCGAUCCCUCUCGCCAGCUUCUCUGUAAAACUGAUGAGCCUAUAUACUCUGUUUGCCUUGCAAAUGUACAGUUUGUACCCGAUUUUUGUAGACUGGGAACUCGUUCUGCUAGGAAAGCCCAGCACCACAACACCCCCCCGCGUGCUAGUUAAUCGGUCUGAUCGCCAAUUUUUGGGGAAAAGAAA